ACCGCGCCGGCCCCAGACCAUGGAGCGCGGGCUGCACCUCGGCGCGGCGGCCGCGGGCGAAGACGACCUCUUCCUGCACAAGAGCCUGAGCGCCUCCGCCGCCAAGCGCUUGGAGGCGGCUUUCCGCUCCACGCCCCCGGGCAUGGACCUGACACUGGCGCCGCCGCCGCCGCCGCCGCCUCGGGAACGCCCGGCGUCGUCCUCCUCGUCGCCCCUGGGCUGCUUCGAGCCGGCGGACCCCGAGGGGGCAGGGCUUCUGCUGCCACCGCCUGGAGGUGGAGGCGGCGGCGGCGGCGGCGGCGCAGGAGGUGGUGGCGGGGUGAGUGUCCCCGGGCUGCUUGUGGGCUCAGCCGGCGUUGGCGGCGACCCUAGUCUGAGCAGCCUGCCGGCCGGGGCCGCCCUGUGCCUCAAGUACGGCGAGAGCGCGAGCCGAGCCUCGGUGGCCGAGAGCAGCGGCGGCGAGCAGAGCCCCGACGACGACAGCGACGGUCGUUGCGAGUUGGUGCUGCGGGCCGGGAGCGCCGACCCGAGGGCCUCCCCGGGAGCGGGAGGCGGCGGCGCCAAAGCGGCUGAGGGCUGCUCCAACGCCCACCUGCACGGCGGCGCCAGCGGUCCCCCGGGGGGCCCCGGCGGCGGCAGCGGGGGUAGCGGUGGCGGCGGCGGCGGCGGCAGCGGCGGGGGCAGCAGCAAGAAAUCCAAAGAGCAAAAGGCACUGCGGCUCAAUAUCAACGCUCGGGAGCGCCGGCGGAUGCACGACCUGAACGACGCGCUGGACGAGCUGCGCGCAGUCAUUCCCUACGCGCACAGCCCCUCCGUGCGGAAGCUCUCCAAGAUCGCCACGCUGCUGCUCGCCAAGAACUACAUCCUCAUGCAAGCACAGGCCCUGGAGGAGAUGCGGCGCCUCGUCGCCUACCUCAACCAGGGCCAGGCCAUCUCCGCAGCCUCCCUGCCCAGCUCGGCGGCGGCGGCGGCCGCAGCCGCAGCCCUGCACCCGGCGCUCGGCGCCUACGAGCAGGCAGCCGGCUACCCGUUCAGCGCCGGGCUGCCCCCCGCCGCCUCCUGCCCAGAAAAGUGCGCCCUGUUCAACAGCGUCUCCUCCAGCCUCUGCAAACAGUGCACGGAGAAGCCUUAAACACACCCCGAAAAGCACGAGACCGGCCCAAAAGCUACAGGAAAGCGAAAAGCUGCUCCCCGCCCCUUUUAUUUUGGUUCUCUCGGAGUUGUGAAGCACUUGUAGAGCAAACAAAAGCAGAGGCAAGAACCGCGAAGUAUCAGAGACAAGCAGGACUUUUAGCCUGGACAUCCCCAGAA